GUGUUUUACCCUAGUAAAGAUGGCACACAGAUCCCCAUGUUCCUGGUUCAUCAGCGUGGGAUCAAGAAAGAUGGUUCUCACCCGGUGUUUCUGUACGGUUACGGAGGAUUCGAGCACUCCAUUCAGCCGCACUAUAACACGGCGUAUCUGCUGUUCAUCAGGCAUCUGGGGGGAAUCCUGGCCAUCGCCAACAUUAGAGGAGGAGGAGAAUACGGCCAGACCUGGCACAAAGCGGGGACUCUCGGGAACAAGCAGAACUGUUUCGAUGACUUCCAGAGCGCAGCCGAGUAUCUGAUCCAGCAGAACUUCACUUCUGCCAGCCGGAUCGCCAUCAACGGAGCCUCCAAUGGUGGCCUGCUAGUGGCUGCGUGUGUAAACCAGCGUCCUGAGCUCUUCGGCUGUGCAGUAAUGGAGGUCGGUGUUAUGGACAUGCUCAAGUUCCACAAAUUCACCAUCGGUCACGCCUGGACCACAGACUACGGCUGCUCGGAUGACCCGGAGCAGUUUCAGUGGCUCAUCAAGUAUUCUCCUCUGCACAAUCUCCCGCAGUGCAACGGGCCGGUGUUUCCCGCUCUGCUGCUGCUGACGGCGGAUCAUGAUGACCGCGUGGUUCCUCUACACACACUCAAAUACGUGGCGACCGUCCAGCACACUGUGGGCCGAAAUCCAGCCCAAAAACAACCUCUGCUGGUGCGCGUGGACACCAAGAGCGGACACGGAGCCGGAAAACCCACCGCUAAAGCCAUCCUGGAGGACACACACAUCUUCUCCUUCAUCGCACACACUCUGGGGCUCCAAUGGAGAGAUUGAGACACACACACACACCAGAGAAAGACGAGCAAACAUGGUGACACUUUACACUGUAGGAGGUAUCCCUAAAUGAGCAGCGGUAGCACUUCACAAUAAGGUUCUAUGGUUAAUGUGUGUUAAUGUAUUUACUAAGAGGAGCAGAUAUUGAGCAAUUCUCUAUUACAGCAUUUGUUGUUAGUUGCUCACGGUGCAUUAAGUAAUGUUGACAUGCAUGAGGUUGGAGGUUAUUAAUGCAUCAGUAAAUGUUGAACGAUGGUUAAUAAAUGCUGUAUGAGAACUGUUCUGUAUUAGUUCAUGAUAGUAAACACAUUAACUAGUAUUAGCUAAUGAAAGCUUAUUGUGAACUGUGACCGCAGCACUUGGACAUGUUUGCUGAUUGGUGAUUAUUAUUGUCUCCUGUUUAUUUCUGCUUCUGAAUUGCAUUAUGGGAUCUCGAGCUUUCUUCACUACAACUUUUAGAAAGUACAUAAGUCAGGUGUAUUUAUAUAGCGCACAUAUCGUGCAUUACUAUACACCUAAAACACAUCGCCAUCACUUGGAUGAUGCUCCGGCAGCCACAGGACAACGGCACCAGUGCUUCACCACACAUCAGCUAUAGGCACACCUGACAGCAUUUGUCCCUGAAAGUCUUGGAUGGGUUAAGUUUGGGGGUGAGGUGUCUGAAUAACACUGUUGAGAACCGGGUAUUGUGAACUGUGGUGUUAGUAACUGUACGAUGAAGCGUGUUUCGGGCGGCUGCUGUGAUCAGAUCCAUGAAGAUGGUUGUGUGUUGGGUUCGGUGUGCAUGGGGAAUGUACCAAAAAGCUGAGGAGCAGGGGGUGGGGGUGGAAUUCCGGGAGUUUUCCGGGAGACAAAACAAUAUGGGAGACGGGUCUGAAAUACAGGUGUGGUGGAGAGACAGUGAUGGAGUCAAUUCAGUUGAUGGGGAUAAUUGGGAGGCCAUGAUGGGUAAGUGCUGAUGGAGGGAGGG